UCAUGAAGUAGUGGCGUGCGCCUGUUUGUGCAGUGUGGCCGGGACGGCCGAAGAAUGUGGAUUGUGCCAGGCCUGCUGCUCCUAUUCUCAGGGAGCUGGUGGUCAUUGACAGAGGGGCUAACCACCCAGGUGCCACAAACAGGCACAACCAACCUAGCACAGAAGUCGGAAAGGCCUUGGGAGCAAACUAAGCAAACUAUCCUUCCAAGUGACUUGACUGAUGUGUACUUGCAUGAUCAGACAGCACCAACUGAUGUAAUGAGAAAAACAAACACUUUCACUGACGGGUCAGCAACACAUGCCAAUAAGGUCAAUUCUGAUGGCAAUAUGUACACUCAGUGGUCAACAUCUUUCAGGUCUGUACCACACGGCCAAGAUCCCUUGGAUAUAAUGUGGCACUCAGCAGGGCCUGUGAACAGUUUCAGCGCCCCAGAAGAACAAUCCAGCACGAAUCAUCCAUUGCUACCCAAAUGGGCUUCUGGACAGACUAGACUGUCAUCAGCUGGUGGACCAUCUAAGGGGACCGAAGCUCUGUCAUUAUGGCUCCUGGCUGUGACCAAAGAGCAGCCACUCUUAAACAUAUCUUUGCAAGGUGGGCCUCCAAAAUGGCAAAUGGCAUGGCCCGGUGGGACAGAGCACUCGGAAGUGGCCAAGACCACUACUCCAUCACCUGAAGGGUCCAGUAAUGCCUUAACGCCCAUAGAGGUUUUACUAAAGGGACUUACGGGGUCUACAGAGUUUACCAGGUUACAUGAAGUGACCACAGAGGCUCCAAGUCUCAGUGAGACUGUGUCAGAGUCCAUGACUGGAUCAAGAGGGGGCAUUGGAAUAUCUACAGUGACACCAAGACAUUCAGAGACUCGAUCGAAGGACAUAACUGGACCAACACAAUCUGACAGACCAUACUUCCUGACUGGAAAUGACCAAUCAGAGGCCAUCACUGGACAGUCGGCUUUUCCCAGAUUUCAUGAAGUGACUACAGAAACUCUGCUACCAAAGGCUGAGCAAUCCAAGCACACCACUCAGCUUCCAGAGACCGUUAGACCACAUGUGUUAACCACAGAGACCCCAGUGGCUGUGGAGAUGCUGACCGAAGGUAUUACUAGAAUAGGAGAGUGGCUUGGGACACAGAUAUUGACCACAGAAACCCCAGAAGCAAGAAAUGAGCUGCCAGAGAAAAUCAGUAAAUCUGUUAGCUCACAUAUAAUGACCACAGAGACCUCAAAGUCCAAGGAAUGGUUCUCUGAGGGCAUCACAGAGCCAAGAAUAUUUGUCAGGGAUGUGCUGUCAGAAGACACCACCAAGCCAGAAGAGACAACCAGACCACAUCUGCUGACCACAGACACCUUACAGCAUGGAAAUAAAUUGGCAAUUGGCAAUCUUGGAUCAUCAGAGACUCUCAGGCCAUAUAUGCUGACCACUGAAAGCCCACAGCUGUUGGAAGACAUUAACAAGCCAACAGGGUCUGCUGGACCACCUGUAUUGACCACAGAAAUAUCAAGACCUAGGAAGACCCCGCCAAGGGCCACCAAUGGGCCAGAAGAAUCUCACAGGCCAUAUGUGCUAACCACAGACACUCCACAGUUGAAGAAGCUGUCCAAGGUCAUCAGUGGACAAACUGAGUCUGCCCAGCUAUAUAUAUUGAGUACAGACACACCAAAGACGUCCCCAAUGCCAUCAGAGAGUGACAGUGGGUCAGUACCAUCGGUAAAAGUGACAACAAGUACCCCACCAUCUGGGGACAUUCUGUCAGAAGGCAACUGGACAUUAACGGAGCCUGCCAGGCCACCACAAAUGUUGAACACAGAGACGCUUCAUCCCAAAGAUGCCUUGUCUGAGAGCACCAGAGGCCCAAUGCCACCUGUCCGAAUGACCACAGAGAGCCCACUUUCUCCCAAUUUUUUCCUGACCACUCAUAAUCCAUCUCCAUCCACAGCCCUGGACAUACAAAAAAUAGUGAUGUCUCAAUCUUCAACUGGUGGGCUGGAUUUGUUAGUGUCCCAACAGGAUGCCAGUUUAUGGAACAAUAGCCAAGUUGUCCAUGGAGGGGUCUUGACCUCACCUUCAUCAACUACCCUUGGCUUAAAGGAUGGCAUACAAAUGAGUGGUGCAAGUGUUUCUGGAAGUAUGAAGAAGCACCAGUCUGACCCCCAGUCUCAAGAAGACACAAGAAGGUGGCCACUAAAUGAUCCUGCUCCUGGAGGGCACAACAUACCAGCAGGAGAGCUAAGCACAUCCAGGCCAGAUGCCCAAGUCCUUAUCGUGGAAGAUGAGGUGCCCAGCAUCCAAGGUGACACAAUCACUGUACCUUCUUGGCUUAUAUUAGACACUCAGGGCCUCCAUCCAGACCUACACCACCCCGAUUCGAUGACCUUCGCAGACUUUUUGGCAGACUUUCACAUAAAGGUGGAUCCUUAUUACAAGAGGAUUCCUGGAUUCCAGAAGGUUGAGAUUUCAGGACUCAGCGUCAACGACUCGGCGGGGCUCCUCCGCUGUUCACUGGCCUGUCAGACUCAGCAGCUCCUGCCAUGGCUGGGCUCUCUGGACACACUGCUGGAUGCAACAGGCCUACAGGCUGCCAUCGACCGGGGACUGAGCGUUCAUGGGCUCAGAGUCGUGCGCGCCGCCAUUUCCCACAGCCUACUGGACCUCUGUGCCACAGUAUUCCAGUGCCAGCCUGGGUUUUAUUGUAUUCAGGACAAACAGGGCACCACGCGCUGCACCUCCCUGUGCUACAGGAGCUACUGCAAAAAUGGAGGCAUCUGCAUUCACCGGCAGGGCCAGCAGCCAGCAUGCCAGUGCCCAGUUGGAGACGAUUACUGGUUCACAGGUGCACACUGUGACCACAGAAUGACACAGCAGGACUUGACAGCCAUGUCUGUAGUGGGGCUCCUUGGGCUUGCAGCCAUCAUGGCCACCAUUACCUGUCUGAUCAUAAGAAAAGUCAGAGAGUUGCUGCAGAGAAGCAAGGUGGACCAGACAAGGAGCAGUUACCUCCGUUUCAGCCAAUUUGAUGAUCUCUCGGAUCACUUCUGUGCACAAUCAUGGCUGUCAGACUACAUUGGCACUCUGGAAAAUCCAGUUUUCAGCAGCAUGGAGGACAAGGUGCAGCUACCAGCAGAGGACAGCAGUCUGAAAAGCAUCACUGAAGGCCAAGGGAGGAAGGCAGGCUUAAGCCAGGCACAUGGAAACUGCAAUGGCUGUGAAGAUAUUGAAUUGGUGAACAUUGUGAAGAGUUUAACAGUCUGAAACCACCAACACCCCAGCACACCCAGUGACGGCC